AUGACGGUUUCAGAAACCGAGGAGAAGAUUGCAUUGAGCAGCAACUGGUCCUAUCGAUACCAGUGUGCACAACGAGCCAAAGCAGAGGAAGCGGACUUCUCAAUCGUACAGAAGGUUGGGUUUGUUGCUUAUAGAGUGGCCUUGCCGGACUAUUUUGAUGGAAGCAUCGUCAAAAUAAACAUUACCGAAUCUAGCUUACAAGGUACGCUUCAAGGAUUUUCUUUUUUGUCAUUUCCAAAUCUUGCGUACAUUGAUCUUUACAUGAACGCACUUUUUGGUUCAAUUCCACCUCAAAUUAGCUACCUGUCAGAACUCGAAUAUCUCGAUUUGUCCUUGAAUAAGUUUUCAAGCAAAAUCCCACCAGAAAUUGGUAGGCUCACUAAUCUUAAGGUCCUCCACCUCAGACAGAAUAACUUAAACGGCUCCAUUCCUGAAGAAAUAGGGCGCCUAAACAUUCUAACUGAAUUUGUUCUUCAAAACAACCAGAUAGACGGUUUCAUCCCUUCUUCUUUAGGCAAUAUGAGCAACUUGGUUAUUUUGUUUCUUUAUGGCAAUGAACUUUCUGGUUUCGUUCCUCCAGAAAUGGGAAACCUCUCCAAUUUGGAUCAACUUGACAUUAGUCACAACCUCCUGACAGAUCCAAUCCCUCCCACUUUUGGGAACUUGAAAAAGCUAACCAUCUUGCACAUGUUUGAUAAUUCACUUACUGGCCCCAUCCCUUCAGAACUUGGAAAUUUGAAAUCCCUAAAGAGUGUAAGUCUUCAACACAAUAAUCUUUUGGGUUCAAUUCCAGCAUCAUUAGGUGAUUUGGGUUCAAUUCCCGAUAGCAACGCAUUUCUAAAUGCUUCCAUAGGAGCAUUACAAGGGAACAAGGGAUUGUGCGGUAAUGUUACAGGACUAGAACCUUGCAAUGCUUCCAUGAUAUACAAACAUAGCUCAAAAAGGGGACACAAAGUUGUGUUUCUUCUCGUUUGCCCGCUUUUAGGAGCAGUUACUGUUCUACUUUCUAUCUUUGGGUUUGUUCUGUUUAUGCAAAGAAGAAAUACAGAUCUAGAAUCCAAACAAAGCAAGACCGAGGACCAAGUACUGUCUCUUUCAAUAGUACAUAUCAAUGGAAGAACAUUGUAUGAUAAAAUCAUAAAAGUGACCAAUGGUUUUGAUGCUCUAUACUACAUUGGGAAAGGAGGACAUGGAACUAUCUAUAAAGUAGGGCUAACUUCAGGUGAUAUCUUAGCCGUGAAGAAAUUCAAUCGACCACUACAUGAUGCUGGUGAGAACAGAUUUCAAAAGGAGUUCUUGAAUGAGAUAAGGGCAUUGAUAGACAUACGCCAUUGA